AAAGAGGUGACUAGUUCAUAUUUUUACUCAUAAAUCUGCAACCAAGUGUCUGUGCUACAGUUCGAAACCGGCGCCGUUGUUAUUCUUUGUGGACUAUCAGUUUCACCUUUCCAAGCAUCAACAUGAAAUUCUUCAUCGUCCUUCUCGCCGUGGUCGCCGCCGUCUGCGCCGAAGAGAUGGCCUCCGAAUCGAUGAAGACCAAACGUGGACUCCAUCUGAGCCUUGGUUCGUACCACGCCCCGGCCGUGGUGUCGCACUCGUAUGUCGCCCCAGCCCCGUUGGCUGUGGCCCACCAUGCACCGUUGGUGGCCGCCCCUGUUUACACCAAGACCUAUGUUCACCAUGCCCCAGCCGUUGUGCACCAUGCUCCAGCUCUGGCCGCCUAUCACGCUCCGGCAUACCACGCCCCAGCCUACGUCGCCCACGCCCCGCUCUACCAUUCCUUCCAUCGUCGUUAAACAUCCGCCUGGUCGGUCGGUUGAGAGAUAGUCGAGGAUGACACCCCAGAGUGGAUGUGAACUCUUCAAACUCCACUCCAUCAUACCAUCCAGCUUAGGUUAAGUACCAAGUAUGCCAAAAGUGUGUGUGUAAAUAGCCGGGAAUUAUGAGAACCAAAUCGUACUGUACUUCUGUUCUGGAAAAUACAAACCAUUUGAGGAAAUUUUCA